GCGCGUACCAAGUCUGAGGGAGGGGGCCCGAUAUGCCAAAUCGGAAAAGGGGGUGGUCCGGGAAAAGGGGGUAAGAUGCCUAUCCCAGUCCCUCUCAUUGGGCUCCUCAUUUCAAGAGGAACAAACAAGAGCAAACUCAGUGUCGAGCGGCCCCAACCCGGACUCAAGCCCUGGAGGCCCGGGAAGGCCGCCUGCGGAGGAGCCCCCGCAGACGCCAUACUAAAAGCCAAAAUGGCUGCCCCGAGGAGGGCCGCACAGCGUAGCUAGUGAAGCCUGGGGAGCAAGCUUCUGCGGGAAAGAGGGAGGGGAACGCCAGGAAAGCCGUUGAGAAGACUAUCACACCCCAAGUAGCACAGGUUCCAAUUACAACCAUCCCUUAUAUAACUUUUGAACUAUAUUUGGAAAAAUACUGGCCAAGAAAGAAAAAUGAUAAAAUUUUUCCUCAUGGUGAAUAAACAAGGGCAGACGCGACUUUCUAAGUACUAUGAACAUGUGGAUGUUAAUAAGCGUACGCUUCUGGAAACAGAAGUCAUAAAGAGCUGUCUCUCUCGAUCCAAUGAGCAAUGCUCUUUCAUUGAAUAUAAAGAUUUUAAGCUGAUAUAUCGGCAGUAUGCAGCUCUCUUCAUUGUGGUUGGAGUUAAUGACACUGAGAACGAGAUGGCUAUUUAUGAAUUCAUUCAUAACUUUGUGGAAGUUUUAGAUGAGUAUUUCAGCCGAGUGAGUGAAUUAGAUAUAAUGUUUAAUUUAGAUAAAGUACACAUCAUUUUGGAUGAGAUGGUGUUAAAUGGCUGCAUUGUGGAAACUAACAGGGCGAGAAUUCUUGCCCCUCUACUAAUUCUUGAUAAGAUGUCAGAAAGCUGAAAGGAAGUCUCUUUCAGACAACAUGGAUUUAUCAGAAAUGUGAGUACCAUGGAAUAUAUCUCACCAUUUGUAACCCAGAAGAAAGUAUGCCAGUUUUCUGUCAGCCAAUGAAGUUUUAAAAUUUAAACAGACAUUUUGAGUAAUGUUUUCUGAAGGCUUUUUCUUUUCUUGUUUUUUUUUUGAGAUGGAGUAUAGCUCUGUCGCCUGGUACAUU